AUGCCGGCAGACCCUGAAGAGGAGGAAGAAGAGGAUACCCUCCCUGUUACGGAGGCACCUGUUGUUCAGACCAUAUCCGCGUCUAAAAAGAGGAGGAAUAAGAAAAACAAAAACAAGGCAGCUGUAGUGGGAGGGGAGGCGGCCUCCCCUGAGGAGGGGGAAGAGAACGUCCCAACUAAUGGAGCCGAUGAGAAGACAGCUACUAAGAAGCGUAACAAGAAGCGUGGUCAUGGUGCUAAGAAGCUCCCCACACACGUACUCCCGGCUCAGGAUAAUUCGGCUCUUAGGUGUCUCGGAGAUUGGAAGGAGAUUACGACGGCCCAGACUUCUCCACCGACGGUGCAGAUAGAAAAGUUGUUUCCUAAAAAAUCAUUCCCCCUUGGAGAAAUACAGGAGUAUACUGGUUCCAAUGCUUACCGUACCACCUCCGCCGAGAUGAAGGAGGCAGACAAGGUGAUCGAGGAGGACGUCAUAAACAUGCGGGAGGCCGCUGAAUGUCAUCGCCAAGUACGGAAGUAUGCCCAGACCAUCGCGCGCCCUG